GGGAAAAACCCAUCCGGCCUCACUCGACAAUCGUCAAAAGCAGCAAACAGAUUCAUCAGCAUGAGUCGCUCAAUUAAUAUUCUGGUGAUGAGUUUGUGCAUCUUGCUGGCCAUUUGGGUCGGCGUCGCUGAAGCCGCACCUCGUCAAAAGCGCCAAUACUACGGAAACCAAUACGGUGGUUAUAACAGUUAUGGUGGCUACGACAGUUACGGUGGCUACGACAAUUAUGGCGGAUACAACAGUUACGAAGGAUACAACCAAGGAUACGGCGGUUACGGUGGAGGUUCUGACGAAAUCUAUUAGUUAAUCAACUCAAUAACGCACGGGCAUUUUUGACUGAAUUCAAGCCUCAAUAAACCAAACACUCACCCAAA